CUAAUAGUCAUAUGAGUGUCCAGCUAUUUGGUCUGUAACGAUGAGACGCCGCGUUUCCUCUCAAACACACCUGUCUGAUUCAUGAGCUGAGGGAUCAGCUCACGUUCUUGUAAAGAAAGCCCUCGGCUCGGAGUAAAAAAUGACCGCCGCAGUGAACGGAGAGGAUUCUUUUCCUUCCCGGAGCGUCUUUGAGCUGGAUUACAGCUCCACAUCAGUACAGCUGCAGCUCGUCGGGCUCGGCUUCGGCUUCUACGCCCUCGUCUUCCUCCUGACUCACUUCCUCUCUGUCCCGCUGUCACACACGUACCGCUCUCUGUCCUCUAAAGAGAAGGUGUUCUGGUGUUUGGCGGCGACGCGGGCGAUCUUCGGUGUCCAAGGCUCAUGGGCAGGGUUACGCGUGCUGAUGGAGGACGGCCCCUUGUUCAGCGAUAAGGUCCUAGGACAGACGGGCUGGUCCUGGUUCACCGUGCUGACCGCCUGCGGGUUCUUCACGUUCGAGAACGUAGCGCUGCACGGCUCCAACCUGGUGUUCCGCUCCUUCGACGCUCCGCUCGCAGCUCAUCAUGCCUUCGCCCUGGCUGGAUUCAGCGGCACCGCGCUACACAAGGACAUGGGACACUUCCUGCCUGUCAUCACACUGCUGCUGGAGAUGAGCACGCCCUUCACCUGCGUCUCCUGGAUGCUGCUCAAGGCCGGUUGGUCUCGUACUCUGAUGUGGAGAGCGAAUCAGUGGUUGAUGAUCCACAUGUUCCACUGCCGCAUGGUGUUGACGUACUACAUGUGGUGGGUGUGCUGGUGUAACUGGUCUGAGUUGUGUGCGAAUGUUCCUCUGCCUCAGUUCCUCAUCUUCCUCGUGGGCUUGGUGCUCCUCACGCUCAUAAUGAACCCUCUGUGGCUUCACAAGAAGACCAUGCAGCUCCUCAACCCCAUCGACUGGAACUUCAGCGACAAGCCGGCACCGGAGAACGGCCCCGCGGGGGGCAAAGCACACAGGAGCUAAGCUCUCGGACGCCUCGCCUCGCCCCGCCUCGCCUCGCCUCGCCUCGCCCCGCCCUGCUCUAAAGAGACAGUGUUACUGAGCAUUAUUCUACAGCUUUAACACAGGCUUGAGUUACUAAACCUCAGAGUCAGAUUUUCUCUGUGUGCCUUUGAAGUUUAGAUGUUAAACAUUGGUCAUUUAUUUACACAUUUAUGUUAAGGUCAAUGUUCCAUUACUGGGAUGAGAUGUGAAAAAUAACAGAUCAGUGUAGAAGUUUCUAUGAUCAUUGAUGUGUAUCAAUGUUCUGUGUAUAUAAAACAAAUCCAGAUAUUUCCUGAUGGUCGUAUUAAAACGAACAAAUUAGCACUUAAAAAAAUGGCAAAUAAAACAUUUUACACUAAAA